AUGUCGCUGAAUUUUAUAUUUUAUUCGUUAAUUCUUAUCAAUUCUAUUUAUGCUCAAUUGCAAUCUAUUCAAGGAACCAAAUGCUCACCGAAUCAGGUAAUCACAAAAUUGACAGUCUAUGAAGAUGGUGCAAUUGAAGCUGAAUGUAAUAAACUUCCAUGCGGUGCUGCUGGAAAGCAAUGUUGGCAAAAUCAGACAAGUUGUAGAGCCGAUAGUCAUACAUUUUCCGGUAUGAAAUGGGCAUCAAAUGGACAAAGCGUACUCCUUCGUUGCUGUUCGAUUGAUAUAACUAAAAAAGUGUAUGUCGGGACGGAUUUGGUAUCACUAGGAUCAUAUUACACCGGCGGUGAAGUUGAAGAGAAAGAUCGAUAUGCAAACGAAGGUAUCGAAUAUGAUUUCGUAUCAAAUAUUCGAACUGAACAGUUGGGUUUUUUUUUAUUAAAUUUUAACUUUAUAAACAACUUUAUUUAUUAUAAAAUUGUAUUUGCCUUCAUCUGA